AUGGACCAACAAUUUGUUCAACAACUUGAGAACACCUUGUCUAUGGUGUUGCUUCCAGACAAUGAAGCAAUCAAACAAGCAACCAACCAUUUAAAGAAUGAAUUUUAUAACAAAACCGUCUCUUUGCCAGCGUUGAUCCAGAUCUUGCAAUCUUCUUCUAAUGAAGGUGUCAGGAAAUUAGCUGCAGUUGAAGCAAAGAAAUUGGCUCCAAAAUUCUGGGACGAGUUGGAUGAUCAAAUUCAACAAUCUAUCAGAGACUCAAUUUUACCAUUUGCGUUUACUUACCCAAAGCAAGACAUUAGACACUCAACUUCUAGAUUGAUUGCAGAUAUUGCAUACAUUGACUUAGAACAAGGUAAAUGGGGCAAUUUAUUACAAACUUUAGUUUCCUCUGCUACCGAUCCUAAUAAGGAAACAAGAGAGACUGCCACUUUUGUCCUGUAUUGCAUUUUAGAACAAUUACCUCUGUCCUGGAAUGAACAUACUGCUUCAUUUUUAGAACUAUUUGCUACUACUUUACAAGAUAACGAGUCUCCAGUUGUUCAAAUCAACACUGUUCUAUGUUUGGAAGCGUUGUCUAAUACUAUUGACGAAGAUGAAGCGUUAUUGAACUCUUUAGCAGGUCCAUUUUCUUCUUUAAUUCCUUCCAUGUUACAAGUCUUACAAAACUCCUUACACUAUGAUGAUACCGAUAAAACUAAAGAAUUGUUCACUGCUUUCAACUAUUUAGUUAUGUUGGAUAUGAAGCUUUUGGGUGAUCACUUCAUUUCCAUUGUUCAAUUUAUGAUGCAAACAGCAGUUAAUAUGGAGAUUGAAUCUCCGAUCAGAGGCUUUGCAUUGUCUAACUUAACACAAUGUGUUUCUUAUAGAAAGUCAAAGGUCGUUCAAGCACAAAUUGGUCAGCAAUUAACACAAACUGCAUUAAGAAUUGCAGGUGAAGAAGAUGAUACCGUUGAAGACCAGUUAAGUACCGAAUCUGAAGAAAAUGAAAAUGAAGAAGAUGAACCUCCAACUUUAGCAAUCAGACUCUUGAACAUCUUGGCUUACGAAUUACCACCUAAUCAAGUCAUACAGCCUACUUUAGAGGCAGUUACUUCUAUGUUGGCAUCCCAAAACCCUUAUGAGAGAAGAGCUGCUUUAUUAGCUAUUGCUGCAUGCGUUGAAGGUGGUCCAGAUUACUUAAGUGUUCAGUUACCAAAGAUCAUUCAAAUGGUUGCUGCUGGUCUUCACGACAAUUCUAUUAUUGUCAAGGCAGCGGCACUCAAGUGUUUGGCUAUUUUGGGCGAAUCAUUGAAGGAUGCAGUUGCAGAAUAUUAUGAGACUCUAAUGCAACCAAUCAUCUCCAUUAUUGACUCUACUGAUAAGAUUUUGGUUUACAAGUUUGCAACGUAUGCUUUAGAUACUCUUAUUGAGUAUAUGGCUUCUGAUGCAAUCAAAAACUACAUCGAACCAUUAAUGAACAAAUUGUUCCAUAUGUUAGACUCUGCUCAAUCAUCAUCUUUGAAAUCUGCAAUUGUUUCUGCUAUUGGAUCAGUUGCUUAUGCAUCUGGUAAAUACUUUAUUCCAUACUUCCAAAACUCUAUCCAACUGUUGGAAAAAUUCAUUGCUAACAUCUCGGUCACUGAAGGGAUGACUGAAGAUGAUAUUGAGUUGCGUGCACAAACAUUUGAAAAUAUCUCAUCAAUGGCUAGAGCUGUUGGUUCUGAAGCUUUUGGUCCUUAUGCUGAACCAUUAAUGAAUGCUUCAUACUCAGCAAUUCAAUCUGAUAAUUCCAGACUAAGAGAAGCGGGUUUUGCUUUUAUUUCCAAUAUGGCCAAGGUUUAUGGUGAGCAAUUUGCAUCAUUCUUACCAAAGAUUAUUCCAGAAAUUCAAAAAUGUUUAGAGCAAGAUGAAUUCCAACUAAAUACCGAAGAUGUUGAUGAAGAAUCUCUUGCAGAAAACCUAAACUUUUCUUCUGGUAUUGCUACUGAGAAGGAAGUCGCUUUAGUUGCUUUAGGUGAAUUAGCUGUCGGAACUAAGUCUGCAUUUGCACCUUACGUUGAAGGCAUUAUGGGUGUGUUGAUUCAACAAAUUACUGAAUCUUUAUCCAUUGGUGCUUCUUGUAUUACAAUCAUGUGGAAGAUCACCAAGGCUAUGUACGAUGCGUUUGGUUUAUCUGAUACCACUGCUGCUUUGAUUAAGACUGUUAGAGAAAAUACUGCUGAGCUAUUGGUCGAAGAAGUCGAUGUCAAUACAGUUGUUACAUGUCUUGAUGAAUUCUAUCAGUAUGGUAAGGAUAUGGGUAAGAUUGCAAUCAUUGAUGAUUCCGAUUCCAAAUCUUUGUCCACCUUGUUAGAACAACUUCAGUUGAUUCUAAACAAUCAACACCCAUGUCAAGAAAAGGAUGAAGAUAUGCCAUCAGAUGAAGACACUAACGAAACUGAUGCAGUUAUUUAUGAUUCCGCCUUAGAAGUUUUAAUCUCCUUAGCUACUGCUAUCAACGCAGAGUUCCCUCAAAUCUUUGCUCAAUUCAAAGAUGUCAUCUAUGCGCAAAUCCAAUCCAAGUCUAAAUCUAAGAGAGUUUCCACUUUAGGUUGCCUCGCAGAAAUCACCCAUAAUAUGAAAACCAAUAAUCCAUACUCCCAAGAAUUACUUGAGAUUUUUGUCAAUAAAUUAGGUGAUGAUAAAUCAAGUGAAGUUAGAGGUAAUGCUGCAUAUGGUGUCGGUAUUGCCAUUGAAUUUGCAAACUUUGAUGCUUCUUCAGCAUACCAAACUAUUUUGGAAUCACUUUUCACGUUACUAAACAAAGCAGAUAAGGAAGCUUUAAAGAACGAAGAUGGCGACGAAGAAACUGCAGAAACUAUCAACAGGACAUUUGCUAAUGCAUGUGGUUGUGUGGCUAGAAUGACUUUGAAACAUUCUGCUGCUGUUCCCGUCGAUGCCAUUUUACCGGCUUUGUUUGAACAUUUACCAUUGCAAACUGGUUUUGAGGAGAACACUCCAAUUUUUGAAAUGGUGAUUAAAUUAGCUACCGAAGAAAAUGCAUGGAUCAACGGCAACCCUCAAGCUAUUGUUUCCUUCUUUUCUGGAGUUUUCAUCAAAGAAGCAGAAAAGGAUAAAUUGAUUGCAGAAUCCACUUUAGGCAGAGAAGAAAAUAUCGAAAGAUUGAACCAAUUUGCGUCUGACGAAAUCAAAUCUAAGGUUGUCGAAUUCUUGAAAUGGUUCAACUCUAAGCAUAAUGGUUUAGUUGCAGCUGAUGCUACCUUAGCCAGCGUGAUUGCAUAA